AUGAGAAAUCACACAGCCAUUACAACCUUCAUCCUCCUGGGACUGACAGACGAUCCUCAGCUGCAGGUCUUCCUUUUUAUUUUUCUAUUUAUCACCUACAUGUUGAGCAUCACUGGUAAUCUGACCAUCAUUACCCUUACUGUAGUGGAUUCCCACCUUAAAACUCCCAUGUAUUUUUUCCUGCAAAAUUUCUCUUGUUUAGAAAUCUCAUUUACAACUGCCUGUAUUCCAAGAUUUCUAUACAGUAUUUCAACUGGAGACAGAACAAUUACCUAUGAUGCAUGUGCCACCCAAUUAUUUUUUACAGAUCUCUUUGGGGUAACUGAAUUUUUUCUUCUGGCUACCAUGUCAUAUGAUCGCUAUGUGGCCAUCUGCAAACCUUUGCAUUAUAUGACCAUCAUGAACAGCAAGGUGUGCAAAACAAUGAUUGUUAUUUGCUGGAUAUCAGCACUCAUAAUUAUUCUUCCACCACUUGGUAUAGGUUUGCGUUUGGAAUUCUGUGAUUCUAACAUCAUUGAUCAUUUUGGCUGUGACGCAAACCCUCUUCUGAAAAUAUCAUGCUCAGACACAUGGCUAAUUGAGCAGAUGGUAAUAGCCUCUGCUGUAUUGACCUUCAUCAUCACUCUUAUUUGUGUAGUCCUUUCCUAUAUAUACAUCAUAAGAACAAUUAUAAAAUUCCCUUCUGUUCAACAAAGAAAAAAAGCUUUUUCUACCUGUUCUUCACACAUGAUUGUGGUCUCCAUCACCUAUGGCAGCUGCAUCUUCAUCUACAUCAAACCAUCUGCAAAAGAAGAGGCAACCCUUAAUAAAGGUGUGACCGUGCUUAUUUCUUCAAUAUCACCCAUGUUAAAUCCUUUCAUAUACACCCUGAGAAAUAAGCAAGUUAAACAAGCCUCUAGUGACUUUCUCAAGAAAAUUGCAUAUCUUUUAAGGAAGUAA